GUGAACGCAGUAAUGUGUCAUUUAGUUUCGCUGUGCAAGUACAUAUCUGUCAUGGCAACAGUUCGUGGGCUAGUUUGGUCAAAGACUUGCUGAAAUUGUCGUUUUUUCCCCCCGUUAUCUGGUGGAUCGCGUUUGAAAUGGAGAAGCUGCCAAAAACAUCUGCUGCAGAUGCUACUCGAAGAAAGGAGCCGCGUCCAGCGCCCAGCGGAGCUGUGUCGGACACGGUGUCACUGCCGUCCUAUAAGGAAUAUCCAGCCCUUCGCCCGUUCAUCCACACACAUGUAACACACGCACUGAACCCACACCGGCCCGCGUCACCGAUCAAGGGCUGCCCCGAGACCAGCAGCGCAGCCAUCCUGUCUGCUUUGAAUAAUCUGCAGGAGAAGAUCACAAAGCUGGAGUUUGAGAAAGCCCAGGGAGACUCGCAGGUGGGACCUUUCAAACAAGAUCCGUCUGACGCCCUGGUGCGGGGUGACGGAGCCUCCAGGCAGGAGUUGCAGCCUCACGCUGAUUCCAGUCACGCCUUGCUCACUAACCUGGUGGCUGCUGAGGCUCGCUGCGUGAAGCUGGAGAGACAGCUGGAGCACAUGAGGAAGAUGCUGCGGAACGUCAAGUCAGACAGCAGCAGUCACCUGCGUCAGCAGGUAGUCGCCAGAGCAACACCUGCCCAGCAGCGACUCGACCCAGUGGCAGAGCAGGCUCACUCGGAGAAGCUGGAGCGACUGGAGAAGGAGUGCCACAAGCUGACUCUGAAUCAGAAGCAAGCUCAGACCAAGAUUCACGCCCUAGAGAUGAAGCUUCAGGAGGAGGAGCAUCAGAGGAAGCUGGUGCUGGACAAAACUAAAGAGUUGCAGUCAGGGUUGGAGACGAACCGACUCCUGUUCAAGUCUGUUUCACCUGCACAGCCUCAAGUGAAAAAAAGUCUUUCCCAGAAAUCUCCGCCACGUCUGACGUCUAGUGUUCAACCUCACUAUAGGUUGAGCCUCCGAGAUGUACCUUUCAUCGCUGGGACGUCUGUCAGUAAGAGCCACUCGGUCGCAGCAAACGUCCAGUCGGUUCUGUCUCUCCUGAAGCGGCACCAGCCCCACCUGUGCAACGACCGCGUCCUUUCUCCGAACGGCCACGCUGUUGAUGGCUCCUCCUCGUCUUCGUCCGUGGGUGAUGAGGAACUGUCUGAGCUGCUGCGGGCGCUGCAGGAGGAGCUGCGGCUGAUGAGCAUAGAGCAGCGAGAGCUGGCCAGGCAGCUGGAGCUCAGCGUGUCUCUGCAGGAGACCAAUGACCUGCACCACCAGCAGGAGAGGCUGCAGUUGAAGAUGGACCAGAAAGGAGAGCAGAUCAGCAAACUCAUCCAACACAAGAGACAGCUGAAGAAGAUGAGGAAGGAGAUGAACUCUGCAGGAGGCUGCAGGCCUGAGAGCAGAGCAUCUGCAGGCAGAGGGCGACCAGCUGGAGCAUCAAAGCCAAAUCCAGGAGACAGAAGCAAGAGAAACCUGCGGCUGCUGAGGGACAUGAGAGCUCUGCAGAAAUCUCUACGGACCUGAACGCCUCUCACCCCAGUCCUGUGGUGGGUCUCCUGUCCCUUGUGCUCACCUGAACCCGCUUGAGCUGCAGCUUAUUUAUUAGUCCUGUGUCUCUACCUCUUCAUGACGAAAUCAUGUCUGAUGUUGUUUAGCAAGUCAAGAGGUUUUGUUUUAUACCAGCAGAGGGCGCGAUUGUCUGCGGAUCACUGCACCUGAAACGUCUCCUGCAUGUAUGAUCUGCAGUUCUGUUGACUAUUUUCUAUUGUGGUUAAGACUAUCAGCUUUAAUUUUCCUAACAUUUUUUGUUGUUUAGAGCCACGACAACAACGAACUAACAAUUUAUUUUUCAGGGAAAUAAAGCUGGUAUUUUCAAUGGUGUGACUGGUGUAUUUCCUCACCUUGAUGCCGUGAACGUUUUUCAGGCUUUUACAGAGGAUGUUUUCAAAUGUGCAAAUGUCCAAGUGGAAGUUUAAUACACAUGUGUUUAAUUACUAACCGAACCCAGUUAUUUACAGACUGCACACAACACACCACCCCUUUGUGAAACAAUGUAAAGUCAAUGGCAAAAUACAAACAUAGAGGAAAUACAGGAACUAGCAACACAAGGAAAUAUAACCAUAACUUAACAUGAAGAGCUUUCUCAUAAUAAAGUCUAUGAAAUUGAAACACAGAUGAAACUCAUUAAACAGUCAUCUACAGUUUAGAAGAAAAAAACUAGACAAUUUUAUAUGAUGAACAUUUGCUGCUUUAAAAAAGACUGAAACUGGACAACAAUAAAUAAAUAAAGCACAUUUGGACCAAACAAACAAAAAUGAUAUGGAAUAAUGAAACAAAGCAGGUAUUCUAAAUACAUCAGGUCAA